UUUCCAGAUUUUCAGAAACGCAGAAUCACGUACGGAAGCCGGCGCGGUUCAAGCCGUGACAGCGCGUUCUUUCCCAGCAGGCAUUCCUCAUAUUGUACACAAUCAUCAUGGCGGCUCAGGAUGGAAGUGAGGGAGUGGAAAUGGAAACCGAAGUCAGCCUGAAAGCAUCAGAAGACUCGUCUGACCAGGGAGGUAAGGGAGAUGCGGCAGAGGUCUCGGAACAAGCCGUCCUCGCCGACGGAGAAGACACCUCGACGUCUCAGGUCUCCGCUGUCAGUAAUGGAGACGACAGCGAGGAGGGGAAGGAGAUGGUGGAACUGAAAAUUAUUUGGAACAAGAACAAAUACGACCUUAAAAUACCUUUAGAUGGAACCGGAGCUAAGCUGAAAGAAAGAAUUCACACACUUACUGGUCUUCCACCCGCUAUGCAGAAGGUGAUGUACAAAGGACUGCUACCAGAGGACAAAACGCUGCGUGAAAUUAAAGUUACAAACGGUGCGAAAAUAAUGGUUGUGGGGUCUACGAUAAACGACGUACUGGCUGUAAAUACACCGAAGGAAGUAAUUCAACAAGAAGUCAAAGCUGAAGAAAACAAAAAAGAGCCCUUGUGCAGACAAAAGCAACAUAGAAAAGUGUUGGACAAAGGAAAACCUGAGGACAUUAUGCCGUCAAUAAAAGGAGCAAAGGAGCGUUUACCAACAGUGCCUUUAUCUGGAAUGUACAACAAAUCUGGCGGAAAAGUACGGCUCACUUUCAAACUGGAACAGGAUCAGCUGUGGAUUGGAACAAAGGAAAGGACAGAAAAAAUCCCAAUGGGGUCCAUUAAAAAUGUUGUGACCGAGCCAAUUGAAGGUCAUGAGGACUACCAUAUGAUGGCGUUUCAGCUGGGUCCGACGGAAGCUUCUCAAUACUGGGUUUACUGGGUGCCUGCACAGUAUGUUGAUGCAAUCAAAGACACAGUCCUCGGAAAGUGGCAGUAUUUUUAACGUGCCUCCUCAAUUGACACUGAGGAAUUGGGAUUUAGAGCAAAACAACAACCUUAACUGGACCCUGCGUAAUGAUUUGAGGAACUUUUUUUUUUUUUCAACCAUAUAAAAACUGAAGGAAUUCCGGCGGACAAUUUUUUUUUUCCUGGGUUUUAAGUGCACUAAAUGACAUAAUCGCAUUUUUUUUUUUCUUUCAACCCGUCUCACCUAUUUUUAAGCAACCCCAAGGAUAAACAAAGAAUUGUACAGAACUUACAAAUACAUGUGAAAGAAAUAAAAUAUUAUUUAAGGAAACCGAUUGAUGAACCAGGGAGAUUUUUAUCUUGUACUGUUUGUUGGUGUUCCAUCAUACAGUUCAAUCAAGCCAAAGUUCAUAACAACUCGUUGUACUGAGGGGAAUGCUUUUUGUUGCUCUUUGUUUAGAAAUACUUUGCCAUAUAAUGGUACCACACAUGAGUAAUAUUAAUUUAAAUACAUCGCUUUAAAAUAAUUGGACAGGAACCACAUUAAAAUGUGCUUAAUUUAAGUGAAGAAUUGAUGAUGUACAGUAUAUGUACCGGAGGUAAAUGAAAAAAUGGAAACACCAGAAAAAGCAUAAACAUGCCUUAAUUCAUUUCUUCUCGGAGAUAUCAGUUUAAUACAUAUUCAUAUAUAAAGUGCGAUUGUUAUUCAGCAUCUAAAUUAACAUGAGGGCGAUUUCAUAUUAAAAGAAAAACUGCAAAUGCACCGCACAUCAGAAGUGCAAAAGCUUCCUGAUGAGUAAAAGGAGAGCUGAAGACCUUCUGAAGGGCACGUGGAUGUGAAUGGACGCAAAUGACCGCAGGAAAUCCUUUCUUCUCUCACAUAUAGUAACGUUUAAUAUCUGCAUUGGAAUUUUCCAAACCUUGAAAGAAGUAAGUAGUUCUACGCUGUAUAUCAAAUUUGAGCUUUAAACGAAUCCUGAUCCAGUCCGGAUUGGUGAUAAAUAUACCCGAGGUGUUUCCAUUGUUUUGUUAGCGUCCUGUAUGUACCACUCUCUCAGCCACGAUGUGAAAUCUUUACCCUCUGUUCUUUCAUCCUCUGCAUUCUGCUGCCUGCCUAACAACCUCAUAUAGGCUGCGUGGAAGAGAAAAAAAAUGUUCAGUUUUUGUUUUUUUUUUUUGAUCACUUUACACGACAAGGUCACACUUGUGCAAUGUCAAUUAUGGUGCUAACCAGUAAUAAGCAUUUUAUUUUAUGAGUAAUUAAGAAUUAAGCAGGUCAACACAGAUAUCCUCAUGACAGUAUUUAAUUGAAACAGUAAUGUAUGUUGGACAGACACGAUGACCAUUUCUGUUCUAACACCAACAUGUGCCGCUCAUGGCAACUUGACAAAUCAGAUGGAUAAAUGCAGCCUGACUAUGACUGAUUAUGUAAAUAAAGAACACAAAUUAAUCCAAUCCUGUCUUCUGCCAUCCAAAAUGUAUGGGUCUGAACAGAACUAGAUAACUCGAUGCAAGGUUGUUGUUGUUUUUUUUCUCUUUUACUAUAAUAAAGUACGACCCCUAUGAUGACCGAUGAAUGGCUGUACAUAAUCAGGCACAUAAUCUGAGACAGGCAAUAAAAACUGUUUGUUUUCCAACCCUUUUACUUACACUAAAAUUUGCUGACUUUACCUUUUGAAUCAUUUACCAUCAUCUAUCCUUAUAUCAAGGUAAACAAAACCCUCCAUGAAUGUCCAAAUGGAUGUUAAGGCCAAGAAGAUGUUAUUCUUCAUCCCUGUGUGUCAUGAAAUUCAGUAAUGGUGAAGGAUAAAGCAGCCAGUGUGUGCGUCCUCGUGUGCAUGUGCAUGCAUGCAGAUAUCCUCCAGCAAAGUAGUGAUGUAUGACUGAGUAUUUGCAAUAAAUACCACCAUUAUCAGCAAUCACUCCCUUUCUCCUUCUCGCCUCAUGUCAGAUUGUAUGAAAAUGAGAAUGUAGAGCUGAAGAUGCUCUCCUGGCAUUAUUUUCUUUUUUGGUGUGUGUUGUGGCAUCUUUUCUUAUUCCUAUAUGUA